AUGCCAUCUAUCGUGGUAGAGUUGGUCCCUCGUGAGUCAGUGAAUAUUGGAGGAAAAGACCGAUCCGAUAACUCCAAGCGAAAACCAUGGCGACUUUUCCCGUCUUCAUGUGGGAAUACAUUCAAGUUUGUGGGCAUCGAGAGUUGGGCAGAUUAUCUCAACACCUAUCCUGACAAGCAGUACAAGGACUUGGAGAAUUUCAGAAUACGCAUCGAUAGUAUGCGUGGCUCAAGGAGGAAAGGGUUAUUUAGCGAUAGGGGUCUCGUUGAAAGGCCUACGAAAGGGGAUUACAAGGGAUAUAUUUCUGAUGAGGAUGAUCAGAGGAGCUUUGAAGAUGAUCAGGAGAGUCCUGAAGAGGAUGACGCUGGGGAGUGA